UAUUAUUAGCACACACAAGCAGCGGAGUCCUACUUUUGCAUACUAUAUAAAACGCAUCAGUCAACGGACGCCUCACAACUUGACAGCGCUGUACGACUCGGAGUUUAAAUAAAUUUGUGAAAUAUAAACUUUAGCAAAAAAUGCCUUCUUACAAAUUAACGUAUUUCAAUGGGAGAGGGAGAGGUGAACUUUCAAGGCUUUUAUUUGCUGCAGCUGGAAAAGCAUUUGAGGACAACAGGAUAGAAUUUGCUAAUUGGGGUGGACUAAAAAAAGAUACUCCGCAGGGAACGUUGCCGGUGUUGGAGAUUGACGGGAAGCGAAAGAUCUCACAGAGUUUGGCGAUUGCUCGAUUCCUCGCAAGGGAAUUCAAGUUGAAUGGUAAGGAUAACACUGAAAUGACCUUAGUUGACCAGAUUAUGGACACCGCCGUAGAUCUCUUUAGCGAGGUCGUGAAAUUUGCCUUUCUCCAGGACGAAGCAGAAAAGGCCAAGAAACGUGAAGAAUUCCUGCAAGGAAAAGCAAAAACAUUUCUCGAAUGUUUGGAAAAAUUGGUGAAGGAAGGCGGAAAGGGCGACUUCGCUGUUGGAUCUUCUCUGACGAUUGCUGACCUUAUGCUUUACGCAUACAUAGAAAAUUCUCAAUGUGUGGGCAUCUUGAAAGAUUUCAAACUAUUGGACGCCAACAGAAAGAAGGUCGAGCAACAACCAAAGAUAAAGGAAUACUUGGCGAAGAGGCCCGUCACUGCCUUCUAUAUUGAUCUGUUCUAUAUGCCACAGGGAACACUGCCGGUGUUGGAAGUGGAUGGAAAGAUGAAGAUCUCUCAGAGCGGUUCGAUAGCGCGGUACCUCGCAAGAGAGUUCGACUUAUAUGGCAAGGGUAACACUGAUAUGACCUUGGUGGACCAGAUUAUGGACACCUGUAUUGAUCUCUUCAGCGGGGUGUUAAAGUUUGCCUUUCUCAAGGACGAAGCUGAAAAGGCCCAGAAACGGGAAGAGUACUUGGCAGGUGACGCUAAAAAAUAUCUGGGACUUUUGGAAAAACUUGUCCAAGAGGGCGCAAAUAUGCCUUCUUAUAAAUUUACGUAUUUUAAUGGAAAGGGGAGAGCGGAGGUUUCUCGGCUUUUAUUUGCUGCUGCUGGAAAAGCCUUUGACGACGUUAGGAUUGAUUCCGCGCAAUGGAGUGAUCUCAAAAAAGUUAUGCCACAGGGAACACUGCCGGUGUUGGAAGUGGGUGGAAAGACGAAGAUCUCACAGAGCGUAUCGAUAGCGAGGUACCUCGCACGAGAGUUUGACUUGUAUGGCAAGGGUAACACUGAAAUGGCGUUAGUGGACCAGAUUAUUGACACCACCCAAGAUCUCUUAAGCGCGGUCUUAAAAUUUGCCUUUCUUAAGGACGAAGCUGAAAAGGCCAAGAAAAGGGAAGAGUUCUUGGCAGGUGACGCUAAAAAAUAUCUGGGAUUUUUAGAAAACCUUGUUAAAGAGGGCGGAAAGAGCGGCUUUGCGGUUGGAUCGUCGUUAACAGUUGCCGACCUUAUGCUUUACGCCUUCAUAGAAAAUUCUCAAAUUGUGGAACUUUUGAAAGAUUACAAACUGUUGGACGCCAACAGAAAGAAGGUCGAGCAGCUACCAAAGAUAAAGGAAUACUUGGCGAAGAGGCCCGUCACUACAUUCUAGGAUAAUUGUUUAAAUAUCUGACCUACUAGCCAUGUCGUGUUAUUUCGUUCUGUAAUGGAAUGUUUCGUCCAUUUAUUAUCAAAUUGUUGUGUUAUUUAUAUUACUUUAUUGUGCAGUAUAUUCUUAGCAAAAUUACGUAAUGUUCAAUGCA